AUGCACAGCCAGUGGCGAGCCGCUCCGGAAUCGACCUACGCGUCGCAAGCAGCUCGAUGGAAACAAGGCUUCAACGCCCCGGCUCCUCCCCUCCAGCCACAGCAGCAACAGCCAUCACCGGAUCAGACAGACCUCGAGAACGCGCUCGUGUCCGAACUGUGUUCGUCGCUCGGGUCCUCCUCGUUCCCGCCACGCGAAGUGCUGCAGAAGCUGCUGAGAUACUUGCACACACUGGACCAUGACUACAUUUGUGAGCUCCUGGAUGACAAGUUCGAGAGCUAUGUGUGGCAAGUUAAAGCCAAGGCGCUGUCCGUGCUCAGUGCGCUGCUGAGUAGCACGGAUGCCGAGUUUUAUAAACAGUAUUACAGUGGACGACUGGACCUGCUGCAGGAGCUCCGAGGUGCGAGGAAGGACAUGUUGCGCAAACGCGCGGACAAAGUGUACGCGCUAUUGAGCGACAGUGUGCCGACUGCAGACAACGAGAGUGUGUUGAAAAUGAUGCACAGGAUACGGGACGACGACGACGCGCGAGCUUCUGAGAAGCAAGCGCUGAUGCACACGUUGCCUGUUCUGGCGUCUCAGCAGAUUCCGUAUGAGUCGAGGGUGGACACGAACAAGUCGCCGCGUAGUAGCAGUGCACCACUGCCUAGUGUACUGCCGGGUGCUAUUGAUGAAACGUCGACGGCAUUUCAUUUCUUGGCCGUAUCGAAAGACGAACCUCGCGAGGAGUAUGCGCCGGCUCAGAUGGCAGCCGAGCCGUUGACACCUCCAGUGAGCAAUUCGGCGUUUGGCUUUCUCUCUGUCAAUGGAGGCGAAAUGGACUCGUUGCCGCCGACGCCACCGGGCUCGGUUGGCCCCAAGUUUAGUGUUGUCGCACGGGGUUCAUCUUCCAAGAAUAACAACUCACCGGCACUCGUGGCCCCGCGGAACAUGCCGGUACCCUCUGCACCGCCAUUGGGGACAGACUCCUCCGGCUUUAGUUUCCUGAGCCAAACACCUGUAGCGAAUGGUGCGUAUGCCAGUGAAAACGGUAUGCCAGCGUUUGCUUUGAUGAAUCGACAGGACCAGCCGCUGCAACAACAACAGCAGAUAGAAGCUUUGGCUGUCACACCAGCUCCACGAGUAGCAUCGACGCUUCAAUACUGUCACUCGGUCUUUGAUACACUUCCCCAGCCGACGCCAUUUGAGCCUAGCCAGGUGAUGUUGGGACCCGAGAAGGAAGAGAAGAAGGUGGAUGCAAGCAAUGUGUCUGACCCGAUUUACGAUCCCUUCGAGGGCUUGGAUGCAAAUGAUGUUGAUCAAAGACUGGACUCGUAUGACGCUUACACACCGUCACAUGAUUUGGUGCCCGAGGCAAACGAAAGCGUUGCACCACAAGCAUUGCAAUUGAGUGAGUCGCUGCGAGAAGUGAUACUUGAAAUUGACGUGCCACCAGGACCUACGGGUGUAAUGCUGGAUCGAACCAUUCCCGACAUGACUGUAAUCGAGCGGUUUGUGCCCCUGCCGUCGGGUGGGCGUGGAUAUCUAGAACUUCACCCAGCUAUAUGCCCCGGCUGUGCUUUGAUUAGCAUUAACUCGGUUAUCGUGGAGAAUAAAGGGCUAGUCGAGGUGGGGCCCAUAUUAGCUGCUCUCGCUAACGCCCCCAAGCUGCUGCGCUUCAAGAAGCUCAUGAACAAUGGCCGGACUGCAAACCCGUCGACACUUCAGAUGCCUUACGUCCCUCCUCCACUCGAAGAAGAGGUACAGGGCUCAUCAGACGAAAAAGGCGUGGAGAGGGAGCCUGAGUCCGAGGAUAUUCGCAUACUUGGAAGUUCGAGCGGCGAAGCGUUUAUGACUCGCUUGAACGGGUACAGCAGUGAGUUGUGCGAGAUUGAGGCAAAGCUCAAAGAGAUCAUUCGCCGUGAGUACGAUGGACAGCUUGUUGCAGACCGCCGCAAUCAGCUAGCCCAACUCCACGGCCACGUGGAAAAGAUUCAGACCGAGGGCAUUGAUUCUGUAAUUUUGGGGGAGCGUCGGCCGCCAAAUUACGAGGAGGUGAAGCAAUUUCGCUCAGCGCUCGUGUGCAAGGCUAAUGAGCUGGCCCGGAUGAUCCAGAGCACAGCCCAGGCCGAUCCUUUAUUGCACACUAACGCCGCGGCAUCAGGGGAAGAGAAGCAACCGGUAUCGGCGUUUGCGUUUGUUACAGGGGACUCGAACAGCACUGCCAAUGACCCGUCGCUAGGUGUUCCCCAGAUGCAGAAUGACUCGGGCUUUCGCUUUUUGAAUGCCAAUGCGAACGCACCAGUCGCUGAAGCUCUUGGUGGAAACGUAGUGACUUCUUUGUGCACGCCAGCUCAGCCGGGAAAUUCGUACGGCUUCAGCUUUCUCGCUGACAAUUACCAAGAGCAGCCUGUCGUGGGCACUAGCGCCAACCUGACCGUCUCUCAAGCGCCAACCAGUCCGUCGUCCAGUUUUGGCGUGCCUUCAACGGAUAUGACGAACUCGGGCGGAGAGGCUGCUUCCAAUGUGUUUGCUGGGCUCACCUUGAAGAAUACUACUACCCAGCAAAAGGUCGCGAAGACAGCACCUGCGCUGAGCGACACCUUGACGAAGAGCAGUCAUGGCCGACCGAUGGGUCUCAGCGACCUGGAAGCUUCGCUCCGUUUGACUGCACUGGGUCGGGGCGUCUGUCAUUCGGCAGACCACGUAUCACGGAUUCCUGAGUCCGCGCAGCAGUCAGCAUUUGAGUUCCUGUCGACCCCCGCCACUACCGCCAAUCCAUGUCAUGGUCCGAUAGUGUUCGACAGCAGCUCGACAAGUACCGAGGCGACUUCGCCGACGGGAUUUGAUUUCUUGCGGGACAGCACCGUGUCGUCCAAUACGCCAACCAUGGGUUCUUCGCAGGCCCAAUCCGAGCUGCAGGAACCACCUGCGUCUAUGUUUUCGUUCAUUUCCAGCGACUAG